AUGGCUUCUGACUACAUAUCAACUGGUGUGCAAAUCAAGCGAACCCAACAGAAGUGGACAGUGCCCACUAACUCUCAACCAACCCCUCAGUUGUACCUUUACAAUAGUCUUACUCGCAGUAAGGAUUUGUUUGUACCAAAUCAUGGGAAUGUGGUGAAGUGGUAUAUUUGUGGACCAACAGUUUACGACAGUUCCCACAUGGGACAUGCCAGAGCGUACUUAUCCAUGGACAUUCUCAGGCGGGUUAUGAUGUCGUAUUUUGGCUACGAUGUUCACUUCAUCAUGAACAUCACCGACAUCGACGACAAAAUCAUAAAGAGAGCUCGUCAGCGUCAUCUACUGAUGAGCUACCUCGAUAGUACGGAGAAAAACGCAACGGUUGAGAGGAUAGUUGAGGACGUUUUGGCUGCUCUUGAGAACUUUAGGAAGAAGUUUGAAAGUGAGGUAGACGCAGAUAAGAAGAAAAUGUACGAAACAAUGAUUGGUAAAGUGGAUAACUCUGCUCUAUUUCUUGAAAGGACUCUACAAAAUAAUGACAAAGAAGGCGUUGAUAAAGCAAAAGAGCAGCUUCUAAACGAUGCUCGAGAUAUCCUUUCCGAAUGGCUGGAUGCCAAGUAUGGCGAUGCGAUUAACGACCAUAGUGUGUUCGACAAUCUUGCCAAAAUGUACGAAAGGGAAUUUCUAUCUGAUAUGGCUUGCUUGAAUGUUCUUCCUGCCGAUGUUGUCACCAGAGUAUCAGAAUAUGUUCCUGAAAUCGUCGUCUUCAUAGAGAAGAUAAUAGAAAAUGGGUACGCAUACUCCACAAAUGAUGGCUCUGUGUAUUUUGACACUAAGACGUUUGUAACUAAUCCGAGGCAUUUCUAUGCAAAAUUGGUGCCAGAAGCUUAUGGAGACUUAGAGUCAUUAGAAAAGAACAUGCGUGAAGGAGAAGGAGAACUCAGCAUCACUUCUGAGAAACUUAUGCAAAAGCGUAAUCCAUCAGAUUUUGCUUUGUGGAAAUCGUCAAAGGGAGGCGAACCAUUUUGGAGUAGUCCAUGGGGCAAAGAAGAUUUUAUUGUUUUUGGUCGACCUGGGUGGCAUAUUGAAUGUUCGGUUAUGUCGACUGCAGUUUGUGGGCCAAAGCUCGAUAUUCAUGCUGGUGGAUUUGACCUUAAAUUCCCUCAUCAUGACAAUGAAAUAGCUCAGGUCGAAGCGUAUUAUGACAACCCUCACUGGGUUAACUACUUUCUGCAUUGUGGAACCCUUCGGAUUGCUGGCAUGAAAAUGAGUAAAUCGUUAAAGAACUUCAUAACAAUUCGUGAAGCACUUCAACAGUAUUCUGCAAGGCAACUUCGACUAUUGUUCCUAAUGCAUAACUGGGCCGACGUCCUUGAUUACAGCAACGCUACGAUGGAGCGCGCCAUACAGUUUGAAAAAGUUUCGAACGAUUUCUUCCUGCUAGUUAAAGAUUUGUUGCGAAAACAUUACAAAUCGGAUUUCCCUCAGGGAUACCUUAAGUACAACAGUAGGGAUUUGGAAAUAUUGGAGGAAUUUUCAAAAAUUAAGGAGGGGAUCCACAGGGCCUUAUGUGAUUCAAUUGAUACGAGAACAGUGAUUGAAAAACUGCGGGAGCUUAUCGGUAUAGGAAAUGCUUAUAUUAAUGAGAAGGAGAAAGAAAACAUGGUGCCUAAUUGUCUUCUGCUUCGUAACAUUGCAUCGUACAUGACACAUAUGUUUGCAGUAUUUGGAGUAAUUCACAGAUCUGAUGAACUAGGAUUUCCAAUGGAGAGGGAUCUAUCAGUUGACAAAGAAGUCGUUUUAAUGCCCUAUCUCAAUACCUUAUCUAACUUUCGAGAGAAGGUCAGAAAUAUUGCUAAGGACAAGAAAACCGUGGACAUUCUCGAGGAAUGUGAUCGACUGCGCGAUGACAUUCUUCCCGAAUUGGGAGUGAAACUGGAAGACAAGCUGAACUGCACGAUUGUGAAACUGUGUGACCGGGAAACUCUUCUUCAGGAACGUGAGCAAAAACUUGCCAUUCAAGCUGCUAAACGUGAAGAAAAGGAGCGUCAAGCUGCAGAGAAAGCGGCGAAAGAAGCAUUGAAGCACAUUUCUCCACAAGAGAUGUUCUGCCGUGGGGACGAAGCUGCGAAAUAUAGCAAAUGGGAUGAAAACGGAAUUCCUACUCAUACUGCUACCGGUGAAGAGGUAGUAUUUGAUCAUGUUCUAGGCUAUUAA